GUUAUAUGUGAGAUAUCUAACUCCUUCAAAACCCAAUAACACCUUGAAAAAAAUCAAAUUCAUUAUAUUGUCGUCAAUAGGUACGUGACAUAGGUUUCUGAAAAUUACACGAUACAGAUAUUUUUUGUAUGAAAAUCUACUCCUAUAAUUUUGACAAAGAAUAUCUUUUUUGUGCAAAUUCCAAAUUUUCUGGCCUAGUGCCCUAAAAAAGCUCACAAUGUGCUCGUCCAGGAUUUUCUUUAUUUUCACUUUUUCCCUCGUAUUGGUCAGUAUUGAAGCUUCAGAUCCUGAUAGUUCAACUAACGCUGAUACAAAAAAGUACAACCCGCUUUACGUCGUUUUCGAAAACUACAAAUACAGUUUGGUCGACUCAAUCAAGUACAACUCAGUACUGAAAAAUCAUAACUAUGAAACAUCCGAAGACAAAGUGAAAAUGUUGGCAGCUUGCCCAAAAAAAGAUACCCCAAUCGAUGAAGCGCUUCUCGAAAUAAUGCCCGUGGAUGAAAAAACCCUCGACGUUGACGGUUACAAAUGCGAUUCGCCUGGUACAUUCUUCACCAAACAAAAAACUCACGGCGAGCAUAUCGUUAUUGGUUUCAUGAUUUACGAUAAAAAUAAUCACUCCGGACAUAUAGGAAUUCUGCCAGGAACACCAUGGAAUCAUUUUCCAAUACCUUUAAUAAAAAUCGCAUACAAACAAUUCGUGAAUCGAAGCAUAACAAGUUGGCACGAGAUUAACUUUUCAGAUAUUCUGCCUCUGGAUGAAGACCCCGAUCAGCAAUUGCUGAAUAAUUCAGUAUAUGAGAAAGAUGUCGAGUUUUACGGUUACGAUAUCGACCCGGCUUACAAAGAAAAAAAUCAAUCGAGAUUUGUUAGAGAAUUUUUCAAAAAGGAAUCGCAAUCCAGGCUGGUUAAAUUGCAACUAGCACCAUCGGCAGAUUUCUACUUCGAUGAGUGGAAGUCGGCGACACGAAGUAAUAUCAAAUACUAUCAACUAACAAUACUGGCAACUCUGUUGAAAAAUGAUGUUUAAUCCUCCUAGCGGCCAGGCAAGUAACUAAAUCCUAUCAGAAGCAUUAUGAUUGGUUGAAUUGAAUUUUGCGGUAUUAUGAUGUUUUAUCAGUUCGUUUUUUUAGUUUGUUGUGUGGUACUGACUGAUAGCCGCGAGAUUCAAAUCGACCAAUCACAGCCCUUGACAUGAAUGCCUAUUACUUACUGUUACUUGCCAAGCCGCUCAGAUAGCGCCCUUGUUGCGACAAAAACGCCCAAUGUAUUUUAAAUGGAGUUGCCAGUAUUGUUAGUUGAUAGUAUUUGGUAAUAUCAACACAACGCCCAUUUGGCAAGAGCUUGUUGAAGAAUGGAAGCAGCUUGAGAGAUUCAUAAGACAAAUCAGCAAAGUUCUCGGCGAACUACAUAUCGUUACCGGAGGUUACCCUCCUGCCACCACGACCCACCCUGAUGAUGACGAAAUGUCCAUUUUAUUACCUUUUUAUGAAAACCCCAACAAGAGGGCACAAGAACGAAUACCCGUACCGAUGUUUCUGAAUCUCUACAAAGCUGUCGUUUUCACUCAAAAACGUGCCGAGGAGAAUGCCGAAGAGAAAUUGAUCCGUUACGGAAUUCUAUUCGAAUUGAAAAACGAUCCUCGAGCUAAAGCUCACGAGUUCAACGAGAUAGCUGUUAAAAACGGCUGGAACUAUUUAGGCAAGCAAAAUAAAAAAAGCGAGACUCGAUUCAACGUGUACGAGUUGAAUGGCGAUACUUUUAAAAAGAUGAAUGUUUAUCAUGGAGAAGUGUAUAGGCCGUUUGAUUUGAACGAGGUGAUAAAAUUAUGGAGGGAUGAGAAAAAUCAAGAGUUUGAAAGGAAAGUUGACGUACUUGAGGAGAUGGGGUUGAAAGAAAAGAGUAUCGGAGGUGCUCUUGAUAAGACUACCAAUGCCUAAGGUGAUGUUUGAUAUUUUUUUAAAAUUAAUUUGUUGUUUUCCUAAAUUAGUAUACCUAUUUAAGUAACUAGAAUUAAGUAAGCAAAUAAUCUACCUAUAGGUAAGUAUAGAUCUAUAAUAAGUUAUUAGUAAGAUUGAAAUAUUUUUUUGCAGAAUUUUUUCACCCAAUAAAUUUAAUUGACCAGUUUUAUCUCAACGCGAAAUGAAAAAUAUAUCCCUUGCACCUAAUGAAUUUUUUAAUGAUACGAUUAUAACUGUAACAUGGAAACCACUUCAUUCCCCCCCUUCGAGAUUGAGGAAAUUACAGCAGUCCACAUUGAUUUAUAGAUAAACCUAA